GACGGACCGUUUGAACGAGGAGAUGCCGUUCUGUUCGCUCUUCAAAUCUCGUCUUCCUAUCCUUGCGUGUCUGAAUUGAGUUGUAAAGAUGACGACUGACGCUGCUUCGGCCUCGUCGAUCCACCUCAAACGGUACAAGCCGUACUUUACGCCUGCCGAAGUAGAGCGAUUAUCAGCCAAGCAACGGGGCAAGUUGUCUGUAUCUCGCGAAGAGAGAUCUAGGCAACAAGCAUGUGGGUUUAUUGACGCUGUAGGCGUCCGAUGUGGAUUUCCUAGACGAACCAUUGCAACUGCUCAGACGCUUUACAUGCGAUUUCACCUGUUCUUCCCUUACAAAGAUUUCGCCUAUACAGAAGUAUCCCUGACUGUCCUGUACGUCUCGUCUAAACUCCACGAUACACUCAAGAAACCUCGCGAUAUCAUUUUGGCUUCGUACGCUCUUCGAUUCCCUCAGCUCGUGAAGAAGGGUCAGGUGGAUAUUGGCGCGGUGGACCAAAAUGUCCUGGAGGGUGAAAGACAGCGAGUCAUGAAUAUCGAGAGGUUGGUGCUUGAGACCAUGUGUUUCAAGUUCGGUGUCCAUUUUGGAUUGGGAUUGGUCGUCAAGCUGAGUAAAACGUUGAGAGUCCAGAAAGACCUCUCCCAGCGAGGUUGGCGAGUAGCCGUGGAUUGCCAUCGCACACACGCUCCGCUUUCUUUCCCUCCUCAUGUCAUCGCCAUCGCUUCACUGUAUACGGCUUGUCUACUUCACAUGGGCGAUCAGAGCAAGACGUCGUCUGCAGAAAUGGACAACCAAGCUAGAGACGUGGCUUCCCUUUUCGGCAACAUUGGUUCUUGGGAACAAGCGUAUCAUACAUCCCAUGCUCAAGUUGACGACGUGACCCACGCCAUCCUCGAUCUCUACAUCACAAUCCUGUCUACUCCUCCCACAGACCCCUCCGUUCUAUCCACACCAUCUCCCGUUUCACCGAAAGAUCAACUUCCAUCGUCCAGUCAUCACCCGAUUUCCUCAUUUAACACCGCCUACAGACUGGCCAUCUAUUGGACAGCUCAAAGACUGACCGAGCUCAAGAUUCACCUGAGGGACAAGCGGCCUGGUGUCGCGGUCGUGCCCCUGAACGCUUGGCCACUUGUGGAUACGCCCGGUCAACCUGCUGAAGCCGAAGGAAUGGGCAGGAAUGAUGCGACAGUCAGGUUCGUAUGGGACCAGGCGGUCUGAGCGAGGAUGGUCCGACAAAGAGGUCAGCGUUGAUACCAUACGGCUGU